AUGACGAGCACAGCAAAAUCUGUUUGGGAACUGAUGCAGGGGAACAACGCCGAACGGAAGGACGAGUCAGAGCCGCAAUCAGGACCUAGACAUUACGCCGAUGGCCAUACUACCAGGCCAAGCCCGUGCGGCAUCGUCGUGCCCGUAUUCGGUCAUACACCCCAUCACUGCAGGAAGUUCCUCGACGUUCAACUGCGCCGUGAUAUGCUGGCAGGGUCGACGGGCUGGGCUGGAAUCCAGAUUGCAAUCCGCGACGAUGCGAUGGAUCAUGUGCGCCGGCUCCGGGUUUCACACAUUGCGCUGUCUGGUUGCUCAUCUCCGGUCGCUGAGAGCUACCUCGGGAACUUGCGGUCGAAACAAAGCCAUAGCUCCUUGCAUCACAUCCGCAAAAUCCGGGGAAAGACAAUCUGGAAAGCCAAGAAAGCUAGGCUCGGUGGGCUAAUUUGGAGCACGGCAAGAGCCUCGCAUCCCAACCAGUCCCCGUUGGAGAAGCGAGGAGAGCGAAACCGUGACACGACGUGA